AUGGUUCCUCCCGGCCCGCAAUGGUUCGUCCCGCCGCGGUUCCUCCCCCGGCCCGCGGCGCGGUGGUGGCGGCCGGCGCGCGGCGCGGUGACGCGCGAGCCGCGGCGGCCAUGGCGGCGCUGCCCCCGGGGCCGCUGUCGCCGCCUGGCGGGUGCGCGGCGGACGCGGCGGGGCCUGAGGGCGCCGAGGGGCUGUUCGUGCUGCUGGGCGCGGGGCUCGCCGCCGCCAGCCACCCCCUGCUCUACGUCAAGCUGCUCGUGCAGGUUGGCCAUGAGCCACUACCUCCAACCAUUGGAAGAAAUGUGCUGGGAAGGAAGGUCCUGUACCUGCCUGGCUUCUUCACCUACGCCAGACACAUCGUGGAAGUGGAUGGCAAGAGAGGCCUGUUCCGUGGCCUGACUCCUCGCCUCAUCUCAAGCACUUUAUCAACCAUCACCAGGGGGAGUGUGAAGAAGGCUUUUCCACUGGAAGACAUGGAGCACGUGUCUAACAAGGAUGAUGUGAAAACUUCACUUAGGAAAGUGGUCAGAGAGACAUCCCACGAGAUGAUGAUGCAGUGUGUGUCACGGGUUGUCUCGCACCCGCUGCACGUGAUCUCCAUGCGCUGCAUGGUCCAGUUCGUAGGCCGGGAAGUCAAAUACAGCGGUGUGUUCAGUGCCAUUGGCAGGAUAUUUAAGGAAGAAGGGAUCCUGGGAUUCUUUGUUGGCUUAGUCCCUCACAUCCUGGGGGAUGUCAUCUUCCUCUGGUGCUGCAACCUCCUGGCUCACUUCAUCAACACCUACGCUGUGGAUGACAACUUCAGCCAGGCCUCGGUGAUCCGGAGCUACACCAAGUUCGUGAUGGGGAUCGCUGUGAGCAUGCUGACCUACCCGUUCCUUCUCGUGGGAGAUCUCAUGGCAGUGAACAACUGUGGGUUGCGCGCCGGCCUCCCUCCCUACGCUCCUGCCUUUGCGUCCUGGAUCCACUGCUGGAGGUACCUCAGUGCUCAGGGGCAGCUGUUCCGUGGCUCCAGCCUGCUGUUCCGCAGGGCGCCCAUCCCAGCCGCCUCCUUCCCCCUCGACUGACGCCUCGGCAGGGACAGCUCAUCAACGCGGACUCCUCGAGAAACCCCAAGCUUGUUUCGAUAUCUGUAUACUUCUAUUUUCUGAUCCAAAGUCCAUGGUGCCAGAACUGACACCUCCUCUCCAGCAAGGCCAGGAACACACUUCUGGACCUCUGGCUCAGGCUCCAGCUGGACCAAAGCUCCAUCCUCGUGGCUGUCUCGACUGGGAUGUAUAGCAGAGAGAGCAGAAAGCCGUUGUCUCUUUGGUCCAGGCUGUAGCUCUGCAGUUGCUGGGGAAGUCCAGGAAUCCAGAAAAUGCCCAGGUACUAAAGGAGCCAGCCAUGAGCUGCAGGGACAAAAGACUGCUUUGUUCUGCCUGAGCUGAAAAGCAGCAGGAGAUCCAAGGUCACCUCCCUGGGAAGGUUAUGCCAGGUGACAGCCUCCUGCCUCAUUGUUUCUGGAGAGAGCACCUUUGCCUGGCAGGUAGCUCAUCCUGGGCAAGAUCAACCUGGCAUCCAUAUUUAAGGUUUGAGGGUACCUGAUCACCCAGGAACAUCCCUCCUCCCACGGGCAUGAAAAAGAAAUUAUAGGAUCAAAACAGGGAAGGGAAACAGAGUCCCACUGCAAAGAACAGCAGAGUCCCAAAGAGACAGGUCCAGCCCAGCUCAGGGCAGCGAUGGGAUGUGGACAAGGAGAGGGCCCUUGGGAAGGGACACGUGCUGCCAGUGGUGCUGCUUUGGGCAGGAUUUCACUCAUGGCAUGGGCUGUGUUUAGGAUACACCCAGCAGAGCUGUGAGCUGGCCAGGCAGCCUGCACACGCUCUGGGGGAGGCGGCUGCUGGGUUGGACUGGCCUGGCUGCAGCGAGGGGCGUCUCCCAGCCAGCAGCACCACGAGCCCUGCUGGGCUCCUGCUCCUUUGCUGAUGGAAACAGAGCUGCUGGGAUCUGAGAGCUGCACACAAAGGGCUCUCCUGCAGCAGGGGCAGCCAUCCAGGGCUGUCUGCAAUGAAGGGAUACACCUUGAGCUGGCCAAAGGCUGGUGAGGCAUCAGGGUCGAAGGCUUCUGGUCUCAGUGGAGCACGGCUGGCUCUGUGCAUAGCAGAGCUCACCAGUGGCACCAGGGCAGGACUGAUGCUCAGCUCCCCAGACAAGAGUUUCUUUGCACCAGUCUGUGCUGUGAUGGCAGCCAGGCAGAUUUCCCCCAUUUCAGUUCCCCACGAAGCAGUCUUUUGCACAGAGGUGAUGCUGCACUCCCUGGGAAGAGGUUUAGCAUUCCUUGAGCAGGUUCCCAUGUGCUGCAGCAGCAGCUGGGGUCACAUCUCAUCCUGGUCCUCUGGGGACCUGCCAUCACAGGGGGGUUUUUCUGCAGCAGGCAGGGUCGAUGCACACCCCCAGGCAGGGCUUGCAGGACAGUGGUGGCGUGUGCUGGGACUGGCAGCCCCCACCCAGCUCCCUUCAGUGUCGUGAAGUCAGUCCUGUCCGUCCUCCCUCGCUCCCAGUUUGUGUUACAGUUAAAUAAUGCAUGGACCUGUUCCCUAACACCAGAGAUGAUUUCAAAGAGGAUUUAAUUAUGCUCCAAAAUACAGUUAUAAAACAACUAUUGGGUGGUUUGGUUUUUUGGGGUUUUUUGGUGAUUUUUUUUUUUUUGGUGAUUUUUUUUUUCAUCUGUAUAAUGUGCAGUUUAAGACAGGCACUUCCUUUGGUCUUUUCUACAAAUCAGGGGCUAAAAUAGCUGUUUAAAACUUCGAUUCCCCCUGAUUUUCCUCACCUCCACGGAAGGUGGGCAUAUUUAGGCUGAGCAAACUGCAGUGGGUGCACCUGGAGUGAGGGUGAGGCAGCAGAGGGCUCGGGUGCUUGAAACAAUGUAUGUGGAAUUAGGUUUUUGGAGUUAAAAUUGACCCUGAGGUCUUCUGGAAAGGGGUGAUGGAAACCUUUUGCUGUUGUCAGACCAGUCAGGUGGGCUCAGCCAUUCCAUCUUCCCCCUCACAGCUCCAUCCUUCCCCACCGGCCUUCAAUGACCUUGUCUUAUGACCUGCUCCAAUACAGGGCAUUGCACCUGCCAGGUCACACAGCACCUGCUCAGAACAUGUACCUUUGCCCUCCAUAUUCAAGCCACCUUCUGCUGCUCACAUGCCUGUCAAACCUCCUGCAGCCUCUGCACAGCCUGACUGCAGCCACUGCAGGGAAAAGUGCUAUUUCCUGUCCUUUGAGGAGUUUACCUAAGGAAUUUACCUAAGGGAUUUACCUAAAGCUGCACCAGUGCAUGCAUCCUGCCAGUAAUUUCUGCCCAGUUCAUCAGGGCCCACAAACUUGGCUGAAAACCCAGCAGUUGACUGUAGUUUUUGCUCAAUUUAAAUGAAAACCAGGUUUCAAAGCUUUCACUGCACUGCCUUACUUUGAAGCAAGGGGCUGCCAUUCUUAGGAUGAUUGAAUAUUUCCUCACCUCCUCUUUCUAUCCCUGAUUCUUCUUGUCCCAUCCUUCAUUUGAGGGGCCUCACCACAAGGACAAAUGUCUGCACCAGGAGCAGGCAAGGAGACAACCCAAACCCUGGCUGGGUGUCCCUCUCCCUUAAAUUGCUACCCAUUAGUCAGUGCCUGGCCCUGCAGCUGGUCCUCAGGUAUCGCAGCUGAAGGGGAUGGGGCCCCGUUCCCACAGGAGAGGCGAUCCAGGGUGGAACAUGUGCUCAGGAGAGCAAAUGAAGGGGUGGAGGAGGAGGUUUGGGUCUGGCGCCCGGGACGGAGCCGGGGGUUUGUCCCGCUGGCGCUCCCCUGUCUGCCCAGGAAACAACCUCUGGUUUAAAUAUUGACUCUCCUGCACAAAGCCAGGCUGGGUGGGAAUCGCUGCCAUUCCGUGCCCACACCGUUUAUCAGCCUCCAGUGGAGAACUGAGAUUGCUGGGACUUUGGCCUCAUCUGCUCCCAGCUGCCCGGGGGAGAAGGGAGGCAGCGACAGCAGCCAGGAGAGGGAAUCUCAGGUCAAGGCUGGUCUGUCUCUGCUGGGCAUGGAUGCUCGAGUCUGGCAGGAUCUGGAAAGCAGCAAGAUGAGCCUUUGUGCCCAGGGAAGUGCAGCUGAGCUCAGAGCCAGUGUUUCAUCCUCCCCUUUCCCCUGCAGAGCCGUCCUGCUGAAGACCCUUCAGUUCAGUCCGACCCCCCUCCUGGCCAUGCCACUCUCCUUCCAUGGAGCCGGGAGGGAAGGAUCCCAGAGAGCCCUCCCGAUGUCUGGAUGGUGCCUGGUGUCUCCCUGGUGUCUGGUCAGUGGGAAGGCCAGGGGCUGCCAGCCCUCCCCCGCAGCCAUGGAGGGCCCCAUCUUGCAGCCACGCAUGAGGAAGUGCCCUGUGGCACAGCUGCCCUCGAUAAGGCUGUUUGCUCUGUUCUCCCGCAGCGCCGAGCUCCACGUAGGCAAAUAAUUCCUUAAAAAAAACCAUAUAUAUGUAAAAAAUAAUAACCCUCACAGAGGAGAUCCUGCUGCCGGGGUGGUGGGGCCGGCUGGUGCCAGGAAAUGCUCAGGGUGGGGACUUGGACUGGACCCAGGCACCCGCAGCGUGGUGGCCCUGGACCUGUCCCUGUCUUCACACAGCCCCAUCCCCUGGCAUGGCCUUCACUCAGAGGGGAAUUAUGGAGGAGCCAAGUCCUCACGGAUUCUCCCCUGGCUAAGGGAAAUCCCAUCUGGAAACAAGGAGAAGAGGCCACAAAGAGCACAGGAGCGAAGCUCGGCACAGCGGCCUGAUCUGCCACGCUGACAGUGACAGCUCCGUCCAUCGCUCACGGCUGGUAAGAGGAUGGGAAGGAUGUGGGGAAGCUGCUUUCCAUGCUCCUGCUUUCCUGCUGCAGGGUUUUUUUUAGGGUAAACUCCCUCAAAUCCCUCUAAACUGAGCUGCUCUCUUCCCUCCUGGGCAGUGCUCUCAGGGGGAGCUGGCGGUGUUUCAUCCCACCCUGAGGGGAUCUGGGUCUUUUGGGGAAGAGGUGGCAGCACAAGCUCAGACUCCUUUCCCUGCAGCCACCGUGACCCCUGCACACCUCCCUCGGCACUUAUAUCGUGCUGGGCCCCCAGUCUCAGGGGAGAAACACGAGGGGAAAAGUCUCCCCGGCUUUAAACUCAGCCCCUCUCCCCCUGCUGUGACCCCAGGCCGGGCUGGCGUGGCGAGGGUCGGCAUCGCCGCGGCUGCGGCCCUGGCUCAAGGCGCUGCCCCUCGCUGCAGACAUGUGAAUGCUCCCAUCCCUCGGAAUGGAGUUUCUCCCUGAAAAGCCGCCUGCGCUCUGCGGCCGGGCGGCUCUUGUCAGGCUGCCAGAGGAGGCCGGAGCAGCGUCACAUGCAGCAAAGUUUUACAAGGCGAGCGAGCGUCUGGGGAGAGGGACGGGAGAGGGACCGACCGCCGCACGCACGCACUCGGACGCGCACAUGGAGAAACCUCCUCCGGGCUCCCUCCAGCUCUCAUCCCAACGCUGAUUUUUUUUUUCUUUCCUCCUUUUUUUCCUUUUGUUUUUGGAAGAACAAAGACUUUGGGGUGGGUUGGCGCUGUUGUUUUUCCAGGGUUGCUGUCGGUGGAUGGGGGGAGGCUGGAGGUGGAGGGGGGAGCCGGUGGCUUGAAUGUCAGAAAGUCCCAAAUUUCCCCGGCCGAGUUGCCGAGAUCGUCUGUGCGAAACUUAGAGGAGGAAAGACGGGGGGGGGGUGGGGGGGGAAAUAAUUAAAAAAUAAAAUAUGAUGACGUCACUCGGAGCAGGGGUGCCUUCCCUGCUGCCUGUCAGAUGCGCCUGAAAAGAACAGGGCAAUAAAACAACAGCCGCCUCUGUCUCCCUCGUUAAACACGGCACUAAUUGGAUGUUAAUUUUUCCUUGCUCUUCUCGCUGCUCGAUUGUGAGGGCUCUGCCUGGCUCUCCCUCUCCCGCUUCCUUUCUUUCCUGUUGCAAUGCUCUUGGCAGCUCUGAGGGACUCCGGACUGUGCGCUCCCCUCCCGCUCGUGGACUGGAAUAAUUCAGGAGCUGGGAGAAUUAAAAAAGACGAGGCGCGGGGGCGAACGGUUCAGAAACGGGGCGGGCGUGAUGGAUUUCGAGAGCUACGCUAAUCUCCCCGUUUCCCGUGCAUUGUCCUGCCGACUUGGAGCUAUUCUCUUCCCAUUUGAUUUCUCUUCUCCUCCUUUCCCUUCGCGUUGGGUUUGGACUGCAGGGCAAAAUAGAUGUUUCAAAAAAAAAAAAAAAAGGCAUAAAAAAAAAGGAAAAAAGGCAGGAAAAAAAUAGAAAAAAGACUAAAAAAAGGGGGGAAAAAAGAAGAAAAAGCCAAAAAAAAAAAAAAAAAGAGGAAAAGAAAAAAAGCCUGGUUCAAUGACGACAAACCCCCAAACCUCCUCCCAGCUCCCCCCGUCUCGCCGCGCUGCCUUACCCCUGCGUGGAAACAGGCGUUUUAGGGAGCCGGAGCAGGAAGUUGUUGUUCUCUGUCUUGCCCAGGUCAUCCUUCCAGGGUAUGUGUGCAAGGGCGGCGGGCACGAGGGCUCGGUGGGCGCCCGGCAGCCGUCGGCCGCCCCCCACGCUACCCCCGGCCAACGAGGCGGUGAUUCUGCAUUUCCUUCAGUAGCCUGGAUGUCUUGGUGUUAGUAGCCACGUCACUUUGUUCGUGGACACUCUGAGGAGCAGAUCCCUGCCCUGUGGCAUGGAGGGGGGAACAGGCUCUGAUAAGGCGCUGGAAUGAUCGUCCUGCUGUUCCUUGAGUGGCUUUCCAGACAUGUGGAGAGAAGCAGACACUUCCAGAGCGGAGCUGGGAAGGAGAGCAGAAAGAGGUGGAAUGGCUUUCCUUGCACAGAAAGGACCUUCAGAGCAGCCAAUGCCUGGCUAAGGAUCAUCUCAAUGCCUGGAUAAGGAUCAUCUCAGUGCCUGGAUAAGGCUCAUCCCAGUGCCUGGAUAAGGAUCAUCUCAGUGCCUGGCUAAGGAUCAUCUCAGUGCAUGGAUAAAAAUCAUCUCAGUGCCUGGAUAAAAAUCAUCUCAGUGCCUGCAUAAGGAUCAUCUCAGUGCCUGGCUAAGGAUCAUCUCAGUGCCUGCAUAAGGAUCAUCUCAGUGCCUUAGGCUGCCACGGUCCCAAGCUGUCCUUGAGGCUGAGGUAGUAGAUUGAAUAGUUGUGGAGUCUGGUCCUCCCUCUGAGCUAACUAUACAAUCUACUGUCUUUCCUAAGGAGACAGUCAGGUCUUCAGGUCUGCUCGUCCACUUCUACACCAGGUGUGGGGCAGGUGGUGCAAGUAAAGCACAUCCGUGCCCGUGACCCGUCUGUUCUGCUCUGUGGAGGUGAGGUAGUAGGUUGUAUAGUUUGGUGGGAGGGAUUUGAUCCCAUUUCAGGUGAUAACUAUACAGUCUAUUGCCUUCCUUAAAGAGCAGCAAAACCACGGAGGAGCUCCUGAGGCAUCGCUUCUUUUGUCGAGGAUCCAAAAAAGCAGCAUGGCAUUGUUAAACAGCUCAGUGGGUGUUUCUCUUACAGCAUCCAGAAUUGCAUUCUUCCAGAAUUGCUUCAUGCCUCAGGCACUGGAGCAUGGAGCUACCUGCUUGCAGGGAACCCACUUCUCUUUAAGAUUCGAGAAAACCAGGGAAGUGAGUUUGCACAGCAGCUCCCAGUGUUCAAUUCUAUUCUUUUUUUGCAGGAGGUGGGUUCAAGUUGUAAAGUGUUUAAAUGUAUUGAGCUUUUCUGGUCUGUCCUCAGGUCUGGAGGGGAGCAGAUACUUUUGUGUAAGUGGGACAGAUCUGAGCUCAUGAUUUAAUUUUGUUGUGCCCAGUUCUGAAGUUUGGGUUCAGAACCAGACCCAGGGGCAAGCUUAGCCUGUGGACUCAGAGCCCUGGGAGCUGGCCAGAUUUGCCUGCUUGGCCCCUGCUCAGGAAGUGCAUUUUGUUUUGGACAAGUUCCCGGCCUGUCCCAUGGAACAGAGUUAGAGGGUGGUUCUUUCUGAUCUGAUAAUCCCUUAUCAACUGAACUCCCUCACAUGCAAACCCUGUCAGGGAAGUUUGGGGCUCUUGGAUAUUUACAUAGGACGAACUAAUGAUUCCAACUAAAAUCUUGUCUUAAAGUGGAGACAGGUAAGGAAGAGACAGGAGGCAAAAGGAGCAGGUUCUGAUCCUUCUGGGUUCUCCCAGGCAGUCACCUGACAACAGACACACGAGAAGUCCUCAGGCUUCAGAGCUCUGGCCCUUGGCAAGGGACAGGGAACUGUUAAUUCUUCUGUUUCUUAGGAGCAGAUGGGACUAUCCCUCUGCCGUUUUCCAGAGUAAGUAGGAUCAAGACCAGGAGCGGAGCUGUAACACGAUCAGGGCUGCACCAGGAAGGACAUUUCAGGCCAUUAUCACGACCAUCUUACUGCCAGGGCGACUGUGAGAUCCGAGACACCGCGGAGCGAGGGCAAGCAGAGGACACCUUCUCAGAUGAAGUGGGAGGGAAAGAGCUGAGAGCAAUUGGAGGCCUCAAAUUUCACCCUGAGCAAAGGCACAGGGAGAGCCAGACCUGGCUGCCAGGGCCGAGGGAGUCCCCAGAAUGAAGCAGCUCAUCUCAGGCCCCUCUGCUGGGACAGGGCGUAGCUGCAGCGGGGCUGGGACGCAGCUGCUGGGUGGGGAUGCUGCAGCUCCAAGCGGCGAAGGAAUGCAGCCCUCUCUCCAUAAAUCUGGCUUUUCAGCAGUCCUGGCGACUUGCUGUGCAAAGCUACAGCUUGGUCCUCUGAGCUGCGUUAUUAUCCUCCAGCUGCUUGCUCAGGGGCAGGGCUCCUGCCCGCAGAUUGCUUGGAAGGUACCAAAAUAGCAGCACCAGCAUGGGAACAGGGAGGCAUAUCCACUUCAGCUGGAGAGGUGUCCCCUGGAAAAGAGCUAAUCCCACGUGUGCCAGAUGGAAUCCCUUCAGUCCCCCUCCAUGGCAUUGAUACUAACACAGAGAAUCUCAACUAGUGGAACUGUGUGAGCUGGAAGCCAUGAAUAAAAUAUUACUGGAGAUAUUCCCUCGUGAAAAUAAACUUGGUUUGACUUUUU